AGUAGCUGUUAUUGUAAGAAGGAUUAACCUGAAUUUAUUGAAUAAAAGCUGACUUUAAUGAACGUCGCAUUUCAAAUAUAUUCAUCCGGUUUUUAGGGUUAGCUUCAAGUAUAUGUAAUAUAAGCCUAAAAAGUAUCUCAUAGUUGAAAAUAUAUUGUGGUAGUAUAAUAAUUUAUCUAAACAAUGGAAAUAUCUGACCAUAAUCUACAAACUCUUGGCAAAUACCUACAAGAAACCCUUAGUCCCGAUGUAAAUGUUCGAAGACCCGCCGAACAAUUUUUAAAAGGAGUAGAGGUUAAUCAAAAUUAUCCAUUGCUUCUUUUGAACCUUGUUCACAAAGCUGAAGUAGACAUGACUAUCAGAGUUGCGGGAGCCGUAGCAUUUAAAAACUAUAUAAAAAGAAACUGGUUUGUGGAGGAAGAUCAAACAGAUCGUAUACAUGAAACUGAUCGUGUUGCAAUUAAAAAUCUUAUUGUCACUCUAAUGUUAAGUUCCCCAGAAGCUAUUCAGAAACAGUUGAGUGAUGCUAUAAGUAUAAUAGGAAAAACAGAUUUCCCUCUAAAAUGGCCCGAAUUAAUUACCCAAAUGGUCGACAAAUUUUCUACAGGUGACUUUAAUGUUAUAAAUGGUGUAUUGAGGACAGCACAUUCUCUAUUUAAAAAAUAUAGAUAUGAAUUUAAAUCAAAUGAGUUGUGGACUGAAAUAAAAUAUGUUCUUGAAAAACUGGCCCAACCCCUCACUGAUCUACUAGUGGCAACUAUAGGCUUAGCUCAAACACACAGUAAUGAUGUGAAUGCUUUGAAAGUUAUCUACAAUUCAUUGGUCCUUAUUUGUAAAGUAUUUUAUUCUCUGAAUUUCCAAGAUCUUCCAGAAUUUUUUGAAGACAACAUACAAAUUUGGAUGACCAAUUUCCACACAAUGCUAACUGCUGACGUACCAAGUUUGCAAAACAAUGAAAUCGAAGAAGCUGGUGUAAUGGAACAAUUAAAAUCACAAGUAUGCGAUAAUAUAGCACUAUAUGCCCAAAAAUAUGAUGAAGAGUUUAAACAAUUUUUACCUCAGUUUGUUACCGAUGUUUGGGGUCUUUUAGUUGCUACAGGAUUGCAGCCUAAAUAUGAUUUGUUGGUAUCAAAUGCCUUGCAAUUUUUAUCUUCUGUAGCUGAGAGGGGUCAAUAUAGAAACUUAUUUGAGGAUGAUAAUGUUUUAAGUAGUAUUUGCGAGAAAGUUAUUAUACCAAACAUGGAAUUUAGGGUGUCAGAUGAAGAACUGUUUGAAGACAAUCCUGAAGAAUACACUAGAAGAGAUAUUGAAGGAUCUGAUAUUGAUACUCGAAGGAGGGCUGCUUGUGAUCUCGUAAAUACACUGAGUCAAAAUUUUGAAAAAAGGAUUAUAGAGAUUUUUGGUCAAUAUUUACAAGUAAUGCUUGGGAAAUAUGCUGAAAAUCCAAAGCAGUAUUGGAGAAGUAAAGAUGCUGCUUUAUAUUUAGUAACAUCAUUAGUUAGUAGAGGCUCUACUCAAAAACAUGGAGUUACUCAAACCAGUCAAUUAGUUAAUAUCACUCAAUUUUGUCAACAGCAUAUUUUGCCAGAGUUAGAAAGACAAGAUGUAAAUGAAUUGCCAGUUUUGAAAGCUGAUGCGAUUAAGUACAUAAUGACAUUUAGAUCUGUACUUCCCAGUGACAUUGUAGUUUCCACGUUACCACAGUUAAUCAGGCAUAUGCCUAGCGAAAGUGCUGUGGUUCAUACAUACGCAGCCUGUGCAUUGGAAAAAAUUCUUAUUCUACGAGUUAAUAAUCUAUCAGUAGUGACUGGUGCACAAUUAGAACCACUCGCAAUAACUCUUUUAACUAAUCUUUUUGACACUCUUGAAAGGCCCGUUUCUGAAGAAAACGAAUAUGUUAUGAAGGCUCUCAUGAGGACAUUUUCUACGUUAGAUGAAAGGGUUAUUCCAUUCUUAAAUGUGGCUUUACCAAAAUUAACAACAAAGCUGCAAAUGGUAGCGAAGAAUCCAUCUAAGCCUCAUUUCAACCAUUAUCUUUUUGAGACUUUCUCGUUGGCUAUAAAAAUUGUAUGUAAAGCAAAUCCGGGUGCUGUUACUUCAUUUGAAGAUAUAUUGUUUCCCAUUUUUCAAGGAAUUUUGCAGCAAGACAUACAAGAAUUUAUUCCAUAUGUAUUCCAAAUACUGUCCCUUUUAAUGGAAAAUACUCCACAAGGUGCCAUUCCAGAACCUUACAUGCAACUAUUGCCAUGCUUAUUGGCUCCCAUAUUGUGGGAAAGACCUGCUAAUAUAAGUCCCUUAGUUAGAUUAUUGAGUGCAUUUGCAACACAGGCAGCUCCCCAAGUGGUAGCUCAAGAUAAAGUGAGUGGGUUCCUUGGAGUUUUCCAAAAGUUGAUCGCAUCAAAGACCAAUGAUCACGAAGGAUUUUAUUUGAUGCAGAGUCUUAUUCAGCACUUACCAAUAGAAGCCCUCACACCUUAUCACAAACAAAUAUUUUUCUUACUGUUUCAAAGGCUUUCCUCCAGCAAAACAACGAAGUAUAUUAUAAAUCUCAUAGUAUUUUUUUCAUUAUAUAUUGUUAAAUAUUCAGCAAAGGAAUUAAUAGCAAUUAUAGAUGGAAUUCAAGCACAAAUGUUUGGGAUGGUAUUAGAAAAAUUAUUUAUAACCGAAUUACAAAAAGUGGCUGGGACUAUUGACAGGAAAAUAGUAGCUUGCGGGAUUACGAAAUUGUUAUGUGAAAGCCCCGAAAUGUUUUCAGGUACUUACCAGAAAUAUUGGCCGCAGCUGUUGCAGGCACUGCUUUCAUUUUUCGAGAUGCCAGUUGAUGAAAGUGUACUACCUGACGAUCAUUUUAUAGAAGUCGAUGAUACGCCAUCAUAUCAAACAACUAGUGCAAAGUUGAAUUUUGCUAAUAAUACAAAAAAUGAUCCUCUUCAAGCAAUUUCGGAACCGAGACAAUUCCUCGUGCAAAGCCUGGCUAGUCUUGGAAACUCACAGCCUGGACGAUUACCCGUUUACAUAGGAAACAUGAAUACGCAAGCUCAAACGGUAAUUCAAGGAUACCUGUCUAAAUUUGGAGUUCAGCUGGUCUAACUCAUCAAUUCACGCAGACUGAAUUAUUGUUUAAUUAAUCAUCCAAUUGUUUAUUUAUAGGUUUAAAAACUAGUUUUUAUACAUGAAAACUACGUUUAUUAGUUCUGUAUGAAUUAUUAACUAACUGUAUAAUUUAUUUUUUAAUAAUAAACUGAUAAAUAUUU